AUAGGAUUGUUCAUUGGUGCCAAAGAAUUAUUGCUGAGUAGUAAAUAAAUGAGUAACAAUGGUGAAGUGCGUUAUUUCAAAGAGAAAAUAUCGAGAAGAGUAGGAAAAAGAACAUUUGUUUAAAGGAUGGCUUUGUAAAGCUCCUGCAAGUUUAAUUAGUUCGGGCCGUGGAGAAGCUUAUUGUAAAUCCUGUCGUGUUCCAUUACGGGCCCAAAAACAUGACUUGACGAAACAUGUCAAAACGCAAAUGCACAUUAAAAAUAUGGAAUCUUUAAAUGUGAAGAAACAAGUAACUUUAUUGAGUAUUGGUACUGCUAAUGUCAAUGAAGCUUCAAAGUUGGCUGGAAUAAAAUUGGUUUUAAAUAACGCUGCUCAUGGUUCUUUGAAAAAUAUAGAUCAUUUAUGUGAAAUGUUAAAAGAUAUUGACAAAAGUAGUCAACUGACAAAACUACGAUUACAUCGAACUAAAUGUUCGAAAAUUAUUCUUAACGUUAUUGCUCCUGGUAUACUAAAAGAACUGCUUGAUGACUUGGGCGAAGAAAGUUAUUCGAUACUGCUUGACGAAUCCACAGAUGUAUCAACAAUGAAAUACAUGGCCUACUGUAUUAGAUAUUAUAGUAAAAAGCAAAAAAGAUUGUUACCGACUUUUUGGGUUUCAAUGAAGUUACCGAGGAAACAGCGGAAAAGUUAUUUUCUGACUUUGCGAAAUUUAUGAACGGUCUUGGUUUAAAUAUUAAUAAUUUAGUAGGUCUUGGUACUGAUGGUGCCAGUAAUCUUUGUGGUGUCAAUCACAGUCUAUACGUACUAU